AUGUGGCAACGAGCUACUUCAUACGACGACGACCCUUUCACCUCACCGGCUCAAGAGGUCACACCGAGCGCGAACUACGGAUGGGAAAACAGAGUUCGGCGACCUUCACGUUUCUCGGCACCUCGCUUUACACCUUUCAGGACUGGAUUGCUACUUCUUGCAAUUGGCAUUAUAGUGCUGUUUCGAGACUACAUUCCCUCUCCAGCGUCACGACAGAUGCCCAGAAACCACCGAAAUCUACAACACAACAACCAUUCCCCAUGCUGCCUUCCAACACCCGAGUCUAGCCUCUAUCGAAUACUCGAUAUCAUUGAUACUUUUCAUUCCUACAAGUUCCCUGAUACCUGUAACGUCUCCUCCCUCGAUCUGCACGCACCCUUUGGUCCAUUAUGCCAUGACCGAGCUUCAAUGUUGACGGCCAUGUCAUCUGGAGGCCGCAUUGGUCAUGAUGCUCCCUACAUGCCUCGGGGCUGCGACAUGCGUUGGUUCACGAGCGAGGAGGUUCGAUAUGGUACUUCUAAUUGGAGACUCAAUGCUGCGCCAUUUAAUCGGGAGCAUCACAUCUUGAUUCGAAGGGACCUGGGGCAUGGAGCAGUCACAGAUUGGAAUUUCUCGACGCAGGAGAGCAAAGAAUGUUUCUGCAAUGAACAGUUCGACGUCAAAGCAUGCUCCGUGCAAGGGAUCUACAAGACUGCCGACGUUCUUACAAAUGAUCCUGAUAGCUUGUCAUGCGCCAAUUCGAUCAACGUGAUGAUAGAGCAGAUCGUACGCUUUCCAAUCCCCACAGAGGAGAUCAUCAGCUUGAAAGCUAGCAUUGGCACAGAGGGCGACAAACCGAAAGCAGUCAUCUUCGGCCAUGGACUUUGGAGCAACCUGGAUUUGCAGAAGACAGUAAACUGGCUAGAUGCUGUACUCGAAGCCAUCGGACCUGGAUUUGCUCCGCAAGGGCAUAGUCUUUUUGGCAAUAAAGCGCUGAUGCUGUUUGAAGAAGCUGUUUCAGUGGAGGCGGCGAAGAAGGGGGUUGAGCAUCUUGGGACGUGGAACAUGAGCAUCCAGAGCAACAAGUAUGACGGGGUGCAUCUUGAUAUGAAGGGGAACUUGGUCAAGGCGAUGAUGGUUAUGAACUGGUUGAACUUGAUUGAAAAUUGA